GCCGAAUUUUCAGCCUCGCCGCACGCAUGACAUAUAAGCCAGGGCGCUCAGGCUUUCGGAAACCGUCCACAGGCUUCUACUGUCUGCUAUUAUAGCGCGAGUCUAGCAAAUGGACUAUCCCUUCCUCACUCCCGCCGAUCACUAUGGUUGGACUAGCCAAACCUCUUUCGAUAACACCUACAAUGAAGAAAAUGCUUCCUUCCCAGCUUCUAGCUUCGAAGCGCACGCUUCAGCAACGCCGUCUCUUGCUAUGGCUACGACGCACACCCAACCCGCUCAAGUCCCGGCUACUACUCAACCUCGUAUUACAGAGGGCCAACGGCAGCGCUCAAGACACAGAGACUUGGACUGGGAUAUGCACAAAGCCGACUUGAAGCGGCUAUAUCUGGACGAGAACAAGACGCUCGAGGAAAUCAGGCAAAAGAUGGCUCGGGACAAGUCCUUCAAUGCAACGCCAAAGCAGUACAAGGACAAGUUCAGGUCGUGGGGCUGGCAGAAGAACUUGCCCGCGGAAACGGCGCAGUUCAUGGUGGCGAAAGCCAAGGAGCGGAAGAGGGCGCCUCCCUACAAGGAUACCGUUUUUGAGUUUGGGGGAAUGUGCUGGACAAGGGAAAGAGCUGAAGCGACAGUGAAGAGAGCUAAAAAGGCGUUACCAGAAGUGAUGGACCUGCCAACUCCGAACGGCGUUAUCUAUCAGACGCCUGCCUCAAUCGACCCUACAUCUCCCGAGGCGGCUCACAUACCUCAUGAUGGCCCUAGCGAUGCCAUGGAAGUAGUCUCCAUCUCCUCUGCUUCGGAGGACGAAUGGGAAUCCGAUGCUGAGGCAGAUCAGCACCCCCUUCCGCUCACUUGGGAGGGUAAAACGCGGGCCGAUAUCUACAAUCUGUUCCUGAACGCGCAGCACCAUGUCCGCCAGGGCGAUGCUGAUACCGCCGAGGGAAUGCUGACGGCUGCUGGUAGAGCAUAUGCACACCUGCUAGGUCGGACGCAUGAGGAAACCAGCAAAGUCGUUUAUACCCUCGCCACAUUCUACGUCGAGCACGACCGGAUUGCGGACGCCUACAGUGUCAUCGAGAAAAGCUGCCGGGAAUAUGUCGAUGAACUGGGUAUCGAACAUAGGCAGACUCAACAGCACCUUUCCCACAUUGUGGAGCUCUUGCACGGCUGGAACAGGGAUGAUGAUGCUCUAGCUUUCCUUGCCCGUGCAAAAAGCCUAGCGGAAGGUAACGCGUACUCCUCAACCACGCGAGGACGGAAACGUCGCAAAACCCCACGGGUGAGCUCUGCGCGAGCGACCAAGCCGACCAAUUCGCAGAACACGACACUCGUAGACUGCAUGGAUUCCAUUUCCAACAACGCCGACCUUGUCCAGCUCGAUUACGCGAUAAGUGUCACUCGGAACCAUGCGACGGCGAAGGACGAAGCAGUAGAGCAGGUCCUCUUGAAGAUUAUCAACUGUGGAUACGACAUCCAGAAGACGCCCAUUCAGCAUCUGCAAGCUUGGGCCGAACUCUUAAAGCUUUACCAGACCCAAGGCAAGGUUCACUUCAAUUACCAUCGCUUCGUAUCCGCCCGACAAGCCUUCGACAACAUUAUGAGCCAAUACCCAUGGAGCCUUCCGACACGCGAGAGGUUUAAAAGCCUGAAAGUGAUAGAAGCGGCGCUAGAGGUCGCGGCAGCGUUCGUGAAGGCCGAUUACAUGGAUCAUGACAGGUUGAUGUUCCAGAAGUGCGAAGAGAAAGCCACGGAAGUCUUUGGCAGCCAUGAUGAGCGAACGAUAUGGAUGUUGAUAUCUAUCGGCUUGGUUUAUCAGAACCACAAGGGCUGGGACAGGGCCAAGCCAUGGUUCGAGCAGGCUCUCGCGGCUGCCAUGGAUGAGUAUGGCGACGACGACGGUAUCUUGAUUUCACUCGAGGAGGCUAUGGAAGUCCGCCAUUUUUCUUAUCUGAGUGACGAGGGGAGGCCGUACAGGACUAUCUUUGGGGUCAGUGGUCUCCGAAUCAUGCCUACCAGACUGCACCUUUAAUGAAAGGAGAUCGGAAAGCGUACUGUACUUCUCGGUUAUCAUCGAUGUGCGAUAUACUUCCCCCUACGGAGUUUGCUUUAUCUUCGGACUGUCAUUUUGAAGACCCUCGGAAAUGUAGCCCAGGCUCG